CGCACAGCGAAUUCGAACAGCUGUGUGCAACUGUCAUUCCAAUUGUCACUUUUUGUGAAACGGGUCUUAUGCAAUGUCAAGCAACCAGGCUGUUGUGAAAACAUAGACGACUAAGCGAUAGUCACGAAAUUGACCUAGUGCAUUAGCAGGAUAAGCAUUUAACGCCAAUCAGCGCGUCCAUAACUUUGCAGGGCAAUCAGUCGCAAUAUGUUCCGAAGAGUUCUUAUAACAGCACCAGCUACUGCUGCGUUGCUGGCCGCCGUACCCAUAAAAAAGGUAGAGCCGAAGGCAGUUGAAAACGAGGAUGUUAAAGCUAACUUCACCUGUAGGCCCAGUGAUUUGCCACUCUAUAAACCAUUGCACGAAUUGAACAGCGUAAAGUCCGAACCGCAUCCGAAAAAAGAUUCAGCACUGCACGAAAAUAUCGAAGGUGGUGUGCGUGUUGUGCGCGUUCAGGUGCAGGCAGGCCUGAAAGCCAUUGCCGAUCAAAAGGCUCAAUUCGACGGCUACAUAGAAACAGCCAAAGCCCACACACAGUCCACCAUCGAUUAUCUAAACGAACCACAGAAUGUGUUGCCACGUAGCGGAGCAAUUGCCGUUGGUGGUUUGUCUGGUUUCAUUUUUGCAGCACGUGGUGGGUUCAUCAAAAAAGUACUUUACACAACUAUUGGUGCCGGAACCGUGGCUUCACUCUGUUACCCACGACAAGCUGAAGUAUUUGCACGGGAUGCCCUGUUUCAGGCGCGCAAAGGAUUUGUCAUUGCGUAUAACUUCGUAAAGGGAGUAAAACCGGGCGAAGAAGUUGAUACGGAUCCCCUAAGUAAAUUUCCGACUAGCUUGGAAGAUUUGAAAUUGUUUGCUUUAGAUCUGUACGACGAAGCUAAAGAAUCGAUUUUUGGCAAGAAAAAGUAAAUUCGACCAAUAUUAAAAGCAUAAGCAGAAAAUUUUAAGAAAAUAAAUUAGAGAGAUGACAUCGCAUGGAAUUUUAGUGCUGUAUUUGUAGUAGCUAUCAGCAGAGGUACUAACGAAGUUAAAAUAUUGGGCUGGGAGGCGUGCUGAGUUGCUAUAAGCUACAACAGCAUCGAAAAUAUGCAAAUUUUCUAUUCUCCCAGCCCAUGUAAAUACUCCAAUGUAUUAUAAAUCAAGCUGUAUGCAUAUACAUAAAUACAUAGCAUUAUAAUUUUAGCGAGAACAAAGCAUUGAGAAAUGCUACUUUAUAACUUUAAAGUUUGAGCAGCUUUGCAAAAUUAUUUUGAAACUACAAUAACGAUAUUUUUUUGGUUUUUUAUCUGGAUCUAAUGAGAAACUAGUUAAUUAUGAAAAAUAUAUACAAAAAGUAUUUGACUUACUCUGGCAGUUGGAACUAUUGGUGUUCGAAUUACUCAAAAACAAAAAUAAACACAAUGUGAAAGGCAAAUGAGA